AUGAACAAUCUCGAAAAACGUCAACAGGGUGCUCAAUCCUCAAACACUAGCAUUGAAAUUGAAGCAAACUCCUCAGCAAUCAAAACAACUAAGAAAAUUACUUGCACACCUCCUCCAAACGGCGAAACCACAACAUUGCUAGACAUCGUCCUUACAUAUCUCUUCUUCAGUAGCUGGGACUACGCAAACAGCUAUGGAAUCUCCAUCAAUUUUAUACCAUCUCCUUGA